AUGCUUGCCUGUGUGCAACCAGUGUAUGCAAAAUUAGUGAGCGGAGUUUUGGAGCUGAGAGCAAUGGAGCCUUUUUAUCUGUAUGACAUCAGGGCUGUCACCUCCAACAAAACCAUUGAGAGAAUUCUUUCAUCCAUGGCAGCUCAACUUUGUCAUUUAAUGAUAGCAGCCACGUGGGAAGGGGUGAAUAACGAGCGCCUCGCUGAUUUAGAAAAAGCUGCUGAAGAAUUAGCCAAAGCUACUGAAGAACUUGCUUAUGUUGCAAGAAGGGUGGCUCAUGAGUCCAACGAGGAGCUGCUGGCUGGGGAGAUGCUACCUGCUGCCGAAUCUCUCCUCGCGUCUGGGAAAAGCAUCUUACUGGUGGCCCAGAAACUUCAUAUUCAGCCGGACGUUCAGAGUCAUCAGGAGGAACUGAUUGAUUCAGCAAAGAGAGUCUUAAUGGGGACUGUAAAGAUCCUCCAGCUUGAAGAUGAUGCUGUAGUGAUGAGGAUUAUCCAGGCCGCUCAUUGGCUUCGGCAUUGCUUGAGUGCACUCGAGUUUGCAGGAGACAUACCAGCCCUGCUAGCUGCUUUCCGUGACUUUUCAGAGUCCUUGCUCUUGCUGAACAAUUUGACAGAAAGACGCAUCCAAGAGCUCCGAGAUUCUCCUCCUCAGAAGUAUUUGGCCCAGAUGCUGCAGAUCCUUAGGAAGUGCGUCCCGAUGCUGCAUGCUGCAAAACACAGUCACCUGAAGCACCCCCAGGACCAGCAAGUGAAUGGUUCCAAAAACUACAUUUUCCAUUUGAUGGAUAGCACCAUAGAGGAACUGAUUUCCUUGCUGACAAACACCACCAGAAACAAGGAACUACUGGAAAGAAAUGGGCUCUUUUCCCAGCACCUGGGCCUCCUGUCCAACGCAAACCCUGCUCACCUAGCUGAGGACGAAUUCAGUUUUUGUGUGGAAACAGUGGUCUUCCACUGCAUGCUUUUAGCUAACUCAUCAAGGCCAAGUAUUAAGCUGCAGUUGAUCAAGCACUGCCAUCAUCUGCUAAUGCUCAAGAAAAGCAUUUCCAACCAUGGAAGCCUAAUGGAGGAAUUGCCAGCACAAAGCCAACUAGAAUGCAACCUAGAAGAGAAAUGUCAUGCGAUGAGAGUUGAGGUGGAGAUUCUUGAUCAAACCAUACUCACUGCUGUUUUGUGUCAGAUUCUGGACACUUUCACAGACAUUAACGAACCCCUGAAAAGGUUAAUGGAGGCUGCACUGGAACCUACUACUGUCCAAUAUUCUCCUGCAGGAGAGGAUGGAUUUCUAAGAAAACUUCAGCCUCUCAUUACUGCCUUCUUCAGUCAUGCUCAUCAGAUGCUCAAAGUGGCAAAUUUUGUUCUGGCCAGGUGCACCAACCUCAAAAUCAUUAAAGAAAUUGAAGAUCAUGUAGACUGUUUAAAUAGAUUCCUUGCCACGGUGCCUCUACUCCUCACAGAAAUGAGCAAAGAUCCUAAUAAGAUUAACAUCCAGGAACAACUACAAACCUUCUAUCAAAGAUGGGCUUGGACAACAGAAAGCUUGUUAGCGUGUGUUGAUGAGACAAUCAACUUGCCCGAAUUCCUCGAUCUGUCUAUUCAGGAAAUGGCCGAUCACAGAGAGUGUUGUGAACAAGAACUAGAGAGUCAGAACUCUGGAAGGUUUUCAUGGCAUGCCGUGCAUAUGACCAGCCUAGCUGCUCGCGUGAUCCAAGUUACUAACAGAUUUGUGGAUAAAAUCAGAGAUCCCAUUUUCAAGAAUGGUUUGUUAGUUUUAGUUAAGCAAUUGGAAAUCUCCAUUCUGGAAGUGAGAACUGUUACUAGCCACUGUUUAGGAGGCAUCUCUUGUCUACAAACUAGAAACGCAUUUUCAAAGAGGAUAAAGCAUCUGAUGGACUCCACUCGAAAUGUCAGAGAGGGGCUGGAUGAGUCUAACCAUCCAGAUAUUCUGAGUCCACUUCGGGAACAAAUUCGGAGCCUUGACAUUCCAAAAGAGCUGUGUUGCUUUUCAGCCCAGGACCACGUAGAGCUCAGAGCACCAGAUGUCAUAAAACAGAGCACUACUGACAAUACUGAAUUAGUGGAAGAAUUUUUAAGCGAACGGCUUCCAUCAGCCACCUCUCCUCUUGAGAUGCUUCCAAGAGCGGGUAACUUAUACCCAGAAACAGUGGAUUUACAUUCUGUGAUCAAUGAACUCAUCACUGCAACAAAGAAACAUGACAUUACUGCCGUAAACACGGCUUGCUUUGGUUUACUUGAACUUUCCAACUGUUGUGUAGAGGCAGCUCAGGAAGCCUUACCAAUUGUCAAGUCGCCACUGCUGGAAAAGCUGACCCACUACAGAAAGAUAGUUCUAUUAACACCAUCUGUUAUUAGCUUAGCUAGGGAGAUAGGUCCAAACCCAGUUUCCAGAGCAGACACACUUCUUCCAACAGCUGUUUUGUUAUCGGAGAAGAUUUGUGAAACUAACCAAUGCCUGGUGGCUGUGGCAGGCUCUUGGUACAGUCUAGUCCAGCAGUUAUUCUGCACAGUAGCUCCCGCUGACUUUCUGAAGAGCAAACAAACUUUGGAUGAGAUCAUGCAGACUUUAGCAACAGUUGUUCAUCUAGCGGCUGAUGUUGCACAUACAGAUUGUGAAGAGGAGCGCACAACAGUUCCUAAGAUUCAGGAAAGGUUUGUACGGGUCCAAGCAAAAUUCACACGUGCUCAGACUAAUACAAAGCAUUUACUUGAAAAGGCACUGUCUUCUGACUGCUUCCAUUCUCACCAGGACCAUCUCGAGGGGAUCUGCCUUCUUUGGUCUGUCAGCAUACAGGUGCUCCUGAGUGCUGUGGAUCAGCUCAUAGGACGAGAUGUUUUGUUCCUGGGUGAAUUAAGGAAUACAAUGAAGCACAAGCUUCGCUUGCGGGAUGUCCUGGCAGCUGUCUCCGAGAGCUCUUUGAGAAUACAGGAGGCAGCCCGGCUGUCCUAUCUCGCCUGUGCUGAACACAGUGUGCAGCGUGACAUCCUAGCGCUCCGGGAGGAGGUAAAGGUACUAACUGAAGCUCUGUUGCAAGUGGCGGAUGUUCUGUCUGUCUCCCCAGUGCCUGCUACAAACUUGUCCAUUCGUGCUGAGCUGCUCCAACGAGAGUUUGCUGUUAGAGUGAAGGCACUUCUGAUCCUCCUAACCAGCACCAAUCGGGAGUACAUGAGGGUCAUCCAAAACAUCCUCAGACUGGCCUGGCCUCCUGCGCGUGCCCAGGGAGGUGACGGAGUGAUGGUUAAACAGGCAGGUCAGAUAAUGGCAAACCUCCAGCUGGUCAAGACCAUCAUAGAAGACGCUUUGGAGAACACAGUUCAUCUAAGAAUGCGGGAAAGCCUGCUCUCUCAGACAGACCACCUUCUCCUCCUCACUGCUGAGCUGCUAGGAAGCGCUGGUGAGCAGCUUCAACGCCAGCAGGACAGGGAGCUGGUCCAGCUAGACUACAUUGCAUGGGAGUGGUCUGCUAAAGCGCACUAUGUGGUGACGCAGCUUCAGUCGGUGAAGAACAUUGAUAAAGCCGCCUUAGAGCUCGUUAAGCAGUGUUUACAAAACAGCGAGUCACGUGCUGUUGCAAAUCAAUGUCAUGGCAAAGCAGAGCUCUCCCCCGCCAAGAUACCCAGCACCAAACACCAGAGUCACACACACCAAGCCAAUUCAGCAAAUGCCUGGCCUACCAUGAGUGAAUCCAAAGGUUUAACUGCCGGGGAUGCAUUUGAAAUCAUGCUCCUGACUGACUCUCCAAAUGACUCCCACCCCACUAGCAGUGAGCAGGGUAAGGGAGCCGCUCCUGCUGCCCUGCCAGAGGACUCUGGACAGUGGCAGGAUGACACCAACACCAUGUCCCAAGUCACCAAGGAAAUGGCCACUGGGAUGUCUCACAUGGCACGGUUUCUAAAGAGGAAGGGACCGAUAACGACCAAAGAGCAGCUCAUUGCCUGUGCUAGUCAAAUGGCUUCCAAUGGGCAAGUGUUUGUCAGAUUUGGCCACCUGAUUGCAGAGAACUGCCUAGAUGAAAGAUGUGCAACCGAACUGCUGUGUGUCACCGAGCAAAUCCAAACCAUCAGCAACCAGCUCAGAAUUAUUUCCAGGGUAAAAGCAGCAACAGCAGGGAGUAGGUGCUCUGCUGAACUACUGGUGAACAAUGCACAGAAUCUGUUUCAAGUGGUCCUACAGUCCCUGAAGGCAGCAGAGGCCGCGUGCGUCAAAGGUUUGCGAAAGCCAGAUCCUGACUCAGAAGCAGCAGAGGCAGCUGCCUUUUGUAUUCGAUGGAAGGAAAAGCUGUUGUGGCACAGAGUCAAAGCGGCUUUAAACCCAGACAGGGAUGAAUUCGGACUUCGCAGAACACGUGUAGGGCGUGAACCCACCCUUACCGCUAUGGCUCAGGAACCAUCGUCUCAGAAUUAAGAACUCUCCCCCUCCCCCCACCCCCAAAUUCCAAGCCCGUUUAACAACCAACCAUGGUGGCUGGUGCUGCCCUGGAGUGGGAAGGGGCCUCUGUCAUUGAUCCCUAACUCUUGCAGGAAAUGACAUCACCAAUGGGGAGGGACAAUAAUGCCACUUACCUCCUUAGAAGCUAAUAAUGCUGCCCAGGAGCAAGAGAAACCUUCACAAAUAAGUGCCAUUAGCAUAUAUAGUCUGGAGGCCCAGGCUGGCCGUUCUUGGCAAUGAAGCAGCCCCUGUACAAAAAGCAACAACUAUGUUAUUUUAAUAGAAGUGUUCCUUAGAUUCUUAUCUAGGGUGGAUGUGGUGUUGUAAAGGGGUAGCAAGGUAUUCCAAUGCAAGAUUUUUGUACCCAUGUACCUUUUGUGCAAGUGAAAAGGCUACAAAAAUGUACUUAAGUUGUCAAGAUAAGUUUGAAAGAAAAAAUGACCA